GGCGGGAGUCCGCCCGCGCUCACCGCCGCCCGGCGGGGUCACCCCGGGGGUCCGGCCAUGGCCUGCCGGGGCUGCGGCUGCGGCCCGGGCCACCUGAACGAGGACAACGCGCGCUUCCUGCUGCUCGCCGCGCUCAUCGCGCUCUACCUGCUGGGCGGCGCCGCCGUCUUCUCGGCCCUGGAGCUGGCGCACGAGCGCCAGGCCAAGCAGCGCUGGGAGGAGCGCCUGGCCAACUUCAGCCGCCGCCACAACCUGAGCCGCGACGAGCUGCGCGGCUUCCUCCGCCACUACGAGGAGGCCACGGAGGCCGGCGUGCGCGUGGACAGCACCCGCCCGCGCUGGGACUUCACCGGCGCCUUCUACUUCGUGGGCACCGUGGUGUCCACUAUCGGGUUUGGGAUGACGACCCCCGCCACAGUAGGAGGGAAGAUCUUUCUGAUCUUCUAUGGCCUCAUUGGGUGUGCAAGCACCAUCUUGUUCUUCAACCUCUUCCUGGAGCGGCUGAUCACCGUCAUCGCCUACAUCAUGAAGUCCUGCCACCAGCAGCAGCUCCGGAGAGAGGGGGCCCUGCCCCGGGAGAGCCCCAAGAACCCGGGCAUCUGCGGCGCGGUGGGCGGCCUGGCGGGCUGGAAGCCCUCCGUGUACUACGUCAUGCUGAUCCUGUGCCUGGCCUCCCUCCUCAUCUCCUGCUGUGCCUCGGCCAUGUACACCUGCAUCGAGGGCUGGAGCUACUUCGACUCCCUCUACUUCUGCUUCGUGGCGUUCAGCACCAUCGGCUUCGGGGACCUGGUCAGCAGCCAGAACGCCAUGUACGAGAGCCAAGGCCUCUACCGCUUUGCCAACUUCGCCUUCAUCCUCAUGGGCGUCUGCUGCAUCUACUCCUUGUUCAAUGUCAUCUCCAUCCUCAUCAAACAGUCGGUGAACUGGAUCCUGAGGAGAAUGGACAGCGGGUGCUGCGGGCAGUGCCAGGGUGGCCUCCCGCGGGCACGCAGGAACGUGAUCAUGCCCGGCAACGUCUCCUCCGAAACGGGCGGGGUGAUGGAGGGUGAGGCGGGCCGGCGGCGUCCCUCGGAGGAGAUGAUCUCCAUGAAGGACUUCCUGACGGCCAACAAGGUGUCGCUGGCCGUCCUGCAGAAGCAGCUGUCCGAGUCGGCCAACGGCUGCCGCCUCCAGACGGGCACGCAGCCUCGGGACAGCGAGUUCUCCGGGGGCGUGGGGGCCUUUGCCAUCAUGAACAACAGGCUGGCAGAGACCAGUGGGGACAGGUAGGACCGAGGAGGCCGAGGGGAGAGCGGCCGGGAGAGGAGCGUCACCGAGCUCGGCUCUGCCCGUGGCUGGGCUGGUCCUGGGCCGCUCCUCUGCUUCCUGAAGCCCAGCUUGGGAAAUCUCAUCGUUUGGGCUCCAAGGAACAGCCGGCUUUCGGGGCCGCAGACGCGGAAGCCUCGAUGCCUUCAUCCUGAUCUUUAUUCUUUUCGUUUAGAUUCAGUCUUUUAAACACAAAUCGCAGAGCAGCCCAAGACCGAGGGCUGUUUCUUUGCUCCUCC